AAUAAUUUCUGUUGCAUGAAUUAGAUUAUUAAAUUUCGUAGAAUUAAUUUACUGAUGUGUUUGUUUAAAACCGCCAAAACUUUUGUUUCGCGUUGGCGGGCAACGUUACGUAAUUAAAAAGCCGUGACAAAAUGGAGUACUUGGACCUAAAUCUUCGCCAAAUUAAUGUACCAGGUUUUAACGAGGUUUGCGACCGAGAGUUUGAAAAUUGGAUGAAUAAAUUGCUCAAAUCAGAUAUUUCGGAAGCCUCCAAAGAACAGUUCAGCAUGUCUCAGUUUGUGGGUGAUAUUUCAAAAGUUGUGAAUGGUUCCUUGCGGUCCUGGAAAUUGAUGAGCAACAAACAUGGGUCAAUGCGCCUCGCCGAUUUUUUGGAGAGACACAAUUUACCGGAAAUUGCAGAAUACGUGAAAAAAUGCACGAUACAGGAUGGAGAUUGUGCGCACACCCUGGUGGAAAACCAUCCACUGAUGCCCUCAAAACCAAAUCCAUGCGCAGAAGAAGAAUCCAGGCAAGCCCGGAACCUCCAUAAUUUUAAGGACAUCGUCAAGAAUUUCAUAGCAAUGAAUUCUUUUCCCAUCAUCGUAAUUCUGUUACUGACACUACCCACCGGUUUUGUUACUGCAUUUAUGGCAGGGUAUCAUAUGGCUCAAUCCUCCACUGCUCCUCUUGCACUAUUAACACUGCCAAACUACGAAUUUUUUACAACUUUACCCAUUCCGUCUAGCAGUCCAGCCACAGAAAGAGGUUAUCCCAUCGUAUCUUCGUCGUAUCCCUGCAUCAUAAAAGGCAUACUUUCCUAUGGCGGAGUACACCCUGACGUAAACCCUAAGCAUUCCCACACCUUAGAUUUCUCCCAAGAUACCGCAAACUUUUGUGCACAAACAGAUAUUUUGGCAAUCGUACGAAUGGAUGACGCCAAACAUUCGAAGCAUCCAUCCAUCGUUUUCCAAUGCCCAGAAAACGUGGUUGGGCUAGAGGUCAGUGGUCAAAUCCAGUGGAAAUUUUUGCUUGACUUGGUGCGCAAAUUUUGCAAUUUGCGAAAAAUAUCUUUCGUUGGAAGCGAUGUUUGCCAAUCUAGCACUGAAGAUAUUGUAGAUGGUGCGCUGGCGUACCCUAUUACCCACUUAAGUUUUAAGGCUUUCACCGCAUGCAGUAACUUAUUUGACAAGGUGACCAAAUAUUUUAUGUCACAUGUCCUAAAAGUGAUAACGUUUUCCUGCGUGCAAUUCGAAAAUAGUGGGAUACAAAGUUUGCAAAACUUGAUUGAUACUUUUCCCACGGUUUCAACGGUGCAGUGUUCAAAUAGCAAUAAUUGUAUCGGUUUCAAAGCGAAGAUUCCGAAACAUACUAUGCUGAGGAUGAAGUAUGAAAAAUGCUAAGUACUCAGGCCAUAGUGUUUACAUGUUAAGCUACCCUUGCGCAUAUGAUAAUUGUAAGAACUUAUGUAAAAUAAAUUUUGGUCAAUAAAACUGUAAAGUUUUUAAAGUCUAGUCCUCGUCAGCGUUUAAAAAUUAUUUAAAAAUUAAUUUUAGUUCAGUUGUUGGACAUUAUUGGACAUUA